CUGGGUGUCUCCCUCUCUCAGUGUGUGUGUCUCUCUGUUUUCACACUCUCCUCCCCAUUCGAGCGAGGCCCACACCUGGCGCAUCACUGCCGAGCCAUUAGCUGCGGGUCUCCUUUCAUCUUCGCUGUGGCAGACGUUUCUAUUUAUCCACUUGCGCUCGCCGAGUGGCGUCACCAGCGGUACUGUAAUGACGAUUGCAGCAGGAGGAUGACAGCUUAGAAAGAAGAGGGCAAUGGGGCUUCCUCCCAGAGGCGGUGCGGCACAGAGGAGCGCUCGCAUCACAAGGUGACCCUAGCUCCCCAACGCCACCGCCGCGGUCGCCGUCGACAUCGCACUCCGGCCGCUCGGCGCCCGCCCAGUCUCCCGGCCUCUUUUUCGCCCUCUCGCAGCCAAGAUCUAUCCGGCCGCUGGGGACCCGGGGAGCAGGGGGUUAGGAGCUCACUUGGGGCUUUCCCCCGCCCCCACCGGAUAGCCCCGGGAUGGAGAGCCGAAAGGACCUGGUUAUGUUUCUGGAUGGGGGUCAGAUUAGCACUCUGGUUGGCAAGAGGGUCUCCAAUUUGUCCGAAGCCGUGGGCAGCCCUCUGCCCGAGCCGCCCGAGAAGAUGGUGCCCCGUGGUUGCCUGAGCCCGCGGGCCGGCCCUCCGGCCUCCCGGGAGCGCGGCGGGGGAGGCCCGGAGGAGGAGCCGGUCGAUGGACUAGCAGGCAGCGCGGCGGGGCCAGGCACCGAGCCACGGGUAGCCGGGGCGGCCAUGCUCGGCCCGGGACCCCCAGCCUCCUCCGCCGACAGCCUCUCGGGCCAGGGACAACCCAGUAGCUCGGAUACGGAGUCGGAUUUCUAUGAAGAAAUCGAGGUGAGCUGCACCCCGGACUGCGCCACCGGGAACGCCGAGUACCAGCACAGCAAAGGGCCCGGCUCCGAGGCACUGGUCGGCAGCCCUAACGGAGGCAGCGAGGCCCCCAAGAGCAACGGCGGCGGGGGCGGCUCGCAAGGCACCCUGGCCUGCAGCGCCAGUGACCAGAUGCGCCGUUACCGCACCGCCUUUACCCGGGAGCAGAUUGCGCGGCUGGAGAAAGAAUUCUACCGGGAGAACUACGUAUCUAGGCCGCGGAGAUGCGAGCUGGCGGCCGCCCUAAACCUGCCGGAAACCACUAUCAAGGUGUGGUUCCAGAACCGACGCAUGAAGGACAAGCGGCAGCGGCUGGCCAUGACGUGGCCGCACCCGGCCGACCCCGCCUUCUACACGUACAUGAUGAGCCACGCCGCGGCCGCGGGCGGCCUGCCCUACCCCUUCCCGUCGCACCUGCCGCUACCCUACUACUCGCCCGUGGGCCUGGGCGCCGCGUCCGCGGCCUCGGCCGCCGCCUCGCCCUUCAGCGGCCCGCUGCGCCCGCUCGACACGUUCCGCGUGCUCUCGCAGCCCUACCCGCGGCCCGAACUGCUGUGCGCCUUCCGUCACCCGCCGCUCUACCCCGGCCCGGCGCACGGACUGGGCGCCUCGGCCGGCGGCCCCUGCUCCUGCCUCGCCUGCCACAGCGGCCCGGCCAACGGGCUUGCGCCCCGGGCCGCCGCCGCCACCUCGGACUUCACCUGUGCCUCCACCUCCCGCUCGGACUCCUUCCUCACCUUCGCGCCCUCCGUGCUUAGCAAGGCCUCCUCCGUCGCGCUGGACCAGAGGGAGGAGGUGCCACUCACCAGAUAAGGGGCCGCCCGCGGGCUGUCGGCUCCAGGACGCCCGUGGGGGGGCCCCGCGGGACUCAGCCAGUGCUCCUCCUCGCCCUCAGGACACUGAGGGGAGAGGAGAGGGCCGAAAAGGACCAGCGGGA